AUGCUGAUCCUGAGCUGUCCCUCCAAGCUGCGGCUGCUGGAGGGGAUGUUACGGCGAGGCCUGCCUGACACGCUGCCGGUCUACGGCACUGUGAUGCAUGUGAACCGCGGGAACCCGGCUGGCCAGGAGGUGCUGGUGGAUUCAUGGCCAGAGUUCAAAAUGGUCCUCACCCGGCCACGCAGAGAAGUAGCGCAGGACCCAAGUGAUUAUUUCACCAACUUGUACACGGCCUUCUACCGGGACGAGGGUGCCUGCCGGGCCCUGCUGGGGAACAGCCGCGCUGUGAACUGGGACCAGGCCUUCCAGAUACUGGGGCUGCAGGACGGGGUAUAUGAGACCAUCAGAGAAACCGCCAGGGCCAGAGGGCUUGAUAUGGAGAUGUAUCCGCACCGGCCACUGCUGCACCCAGACCCCCCUGCCAUGCCCCAGUACCGGCCUGAGAAGGGGCUCAGGCUGGCCCCCGUGUCCCUCGCCCACGCCACGCUGCUCAGAGACACCUGGAAGUUUGGGGAGAACAGCUGGAGCCUGCGCUACCUGAACCUCCUGAUCUGCCACUUCCCCAGUGCCUGCCUGCUGGACCCUGAGGGGACCCCCAUCUCCUGGUCCCUCACAGCCCCGCUGGCUUUCCUGACACACGGUUACACCCUCCCAGAGCAUCGUGGCCAGCACCACACAAGGGCUGUAGUGGGGAUGCUGGCAGCACAGCUGCAUGCCCGCGGCUUCCCUGUUUACACCGGGGUGCUGCCCCACAACGAGCCUUCACUGCACACCCUGCGAUGCCUCGGCUUCCGCGUCCUGCCUGGGGUGUUCUACCAGUUGGUGGUGAGGCCUGGGUUCGCCCAGUCCCAGCCAGCCAGUGCCCUGGAAUCAGCCCAGAACCCUGCACCCAGCUCUGGGGAAAUGCCACGCGCCCAAUAG